CUCCUCCCAGUCGCGUGGGGUCGGAAGAUGGCGGCGCCCAGUAGCCGGUGAGGAGAGAGUACACCGGGAUUCCAGGAGCGGUCAGAUGCGUGCAUUAUGGCCACAUCCUCGCACACUCUCUCCUCACGCCUCCUGACAGGUUGGGUAGGAGGAUGUGUCUGGUAUCUGGAAAGAAGAGCUGGGCAGGAAUCCCCUCAGAAGUUUAUGCGCCUUUUCAGGACUGUCAAUAAGCAGUGGAUUACAUUUCAGCACUUUAACUUCCUCAAGCGCAUGUAUGUCACACAACUGCACAGAAGCCUCAGCCAGCAAGUAAAACCUAAGCCAGAACCAACGGCAUCUUCUGUCCUUGAAAAAACAUCUUCAGGUCAAGCCAAAGCAGAAAUAUAUGAGAUGAGAUCUCUUUCACCGCCCAGCCUAUCUUCAUCCAGAAAGCCAAAUGAAAAGGAGUUGAUAGAAUUAGACUCUGCCUCAAUAAUUGAAGGUUCGGUAGAAGUGGGAAAAGAGACACAAGAUGAAAAACAAUGGAAAGAGAUGAAGCUGCAUCUGGAUGAUUUGCCAGGAAUUUUGGCUCGACUAUCCAAAAUCAAACUCACAGCUCUGGUGGUAAGUACCACGUCAGCUGGAUUUGCCUUGGCUCCGGGACCUUUCGACUUGCCCUGCUUUCUGCUCACUCUCGUUGGAACGGGCCUUGCAUCCUGUGCCGCCAACUCCAUCAACCAGUUUUUUGAGGUGCCAUUUGAUUCAAACAUGAAUAGGACAAAGAACAGACCUCUGGUUCGUGGGCAGAUCAGUCCAUUGUUCGCCGUGUCCUUUGCCACUUGCUGUGCUGUUCCAGGAGUGGCCGUGCUGGCCUGGGGAGUGAAUCCACUCACGGGGGCCCUGGGGGCCUUCAACAUUUUCCUGUAUACUUGCUGUUAUACACCGCUGAAGAGGAUCAGCAUUGCCAACACGUGGGUCGGAGCCGUGGUUGGGGCCAUCCCGCCCAUGAUGGGCUGGACGGCAGCCACUGGUAGUCUCAACGCUGGCGCGUUCCUCUUGGGAGGAAUCCUCUACUCCUGGCAGUUCCCUCACUUCAAUGCCCUGAGCUGGGGGCUCCGGGAAGACUACGCCCGGGGAGGCUACUGCAUGAUGUCCGUCACGCACCCGGCCCUGUGCAGGCGCGUGGCUCUGCGCCACUGCCUGGCCCUCGUUGGACUGUCCACUGCGGCCCCCCUCCUGGACGUCACCACGUGGACCUUCCCCGUCAUCUCCCUCCCCAUCAACCUGUACAUCUCCUACCUUGGCUUCCGCUUCUACACCCAGGCCGACCGGAAGAGCUCCCGGAGACUGUUCUUCUGCAGCCUGUGGCACCUGCCCUUGCUCCUGCUGCUCAUGCUCACCUGUAAGCGGCCGCAGGGCGGGAAGGGGGACCAGGGCGAGCCCCGGCAGUGAGUCAGAUUGACCUGUGGGAGAAGAGAGAAAAACAAAACACUGGGAGGGGCGCCUGUGUCCCCCGCUGUUGGGCAGGACUGUAUUGGUAAUUCUGGAGUGCUGGAAGAGAACCCCCAGCUUAGUAAAGAAAGAUUGUUAAAUAAUUUGGUGCUCAGGGAUCACUUAACAUCUUGUUUGUUUAAUAAUAAUCUCCAAAAUUCUCCCCAGGUGAGGGAAUGGGUUGGCUCAAUAGAUUAAUACAAAGAAUAGUUAUUUUCUUUGAGAGCCUUUUCCAUAUCUCUUCCUCCAACCACUCCACCCCCUACACACCAUAUGCCCAGCACAGGCCAGACCCCGUGCUCACAGGUGGCUGGACGGUGAGCGCUUAUAACCUGCUGUCCUUAGGUCCCAGAUAUCCCCCAGACCUUAGGGACUGCCCUGAAGGGCCAAGUCGGAGGAAGUGCCCACCACCUGGGCGCAGCAGCCGUUUCCCAGCUUUCUCAUUCCCCAUGUACACUCAGCCACAGUCCCCCAAACAGUCCCAGCCAACCAGACACACGGGCCCAGCACUAGAGGGGGAUGCCAAACAGUUGCCUAGCGAAUCUCAGACUGUACCCCGCUCCUGCCCCAUCACAUCUCAGCAUUUCAUAAACUCAGGGGAAUGAAUGGCAUUGUUAGAGUUCAUUUUAAAAUACAGUCAAUGCUGCAGCAUUUCUUUCUGGGAGGGUAGU